AUGGCAGCGGCAGGCUCGCGCGGCGCCCGAGCGGCGAGUGCGCCGGGGGGUGGGGUGCCGCCUUUUAAAGCCGCUCCGCGCCGGGGAAGCGCCGCCGCCGCUGCGGGCGGGAGCGAGGGAGGAGGCGGCGGCCGCCGCGCGUUCCCGCCCGCGCGGCCCGGCGGCGCCCUGGCCCGCGCUCGCCGGCCGGCACCCGGCCUUCGCGCGCCCCAGGCGAAGCGCCCCCCUGGAACUUCGCGCAGACUUCGGGGGCGCUCGGGACAUGCGUUCCCUGGUGGCCGGGAGGGCUCGGGGCGUCUCAGACGCACCAGCAGCAAAGAACAUAGCGGCAUGAUCUGCGGCCCCAGCAAGCCCAGCACUCUUUCCCCUCAGGGAGUGAGACCCAGGAACUCCUCUGUCCUGUGCGGGGCCACCGGCUGCCAUGUCCAGUCCCUCCAGCAAAGCUACCUACUCCUGCCGUUCCAUAUGGUCAUUUCCAAAAGGUGGAAAAUUUGGUGCUGUGCUGCCUGUGCAGCGAUGAGCCUCCUGAGCGAGAAAGGGUUCAAGAAGAGCUGGGGCAGCACCUGCUGGAGACAGCGAGGAGGGGCCUCCUUCACCCUCCAGGAAGCGGAGCGUGGAGCGACUCCCAGGGCCAGUUCGCCAAAUCCAGAACGCAGUGUCAACAGCCUCAAACCCCACCCACCGGCCUCUGGCAGAGCUAAUGGGCACCCCACAUCUUCCCUUCCAGUGGACUCACCACCAGCAUCCAAAGGCGAGCUGUGCAAUCAGCCCCUUCCCCUGAAGCCCACUGUCUGCAUCCAGACAGAGACGUGCACACUGUGAACAAACAAUAUGGGUGAUGGCUAGGCGAUAAAUGUGACCAUACAUGUCUAGUGUGUAUGAGCCUGGGGUUAAGUGCUUCCACAGAAUGGCUGAAGGAUUAGUUGGCAGGGUUGCCAGACAAAUACUAGAUGCUGAUAAACAACAGGAAAAUUUUUUUUAUGUGUAUCCCACACAAUAGUUGGGAUAUACUUAUACUAAUAAAAUGAUUUGUUAUUUAUCUGAAAU